UCCACUUACUGCAAAACAAUUAUCGAACAUGCCACAGCAGUUCAAAGAAGUAUUCUUGCUGUUAAUCUGGAUCCUGCAGCUGAACAUUUUGAUUAUGAAGUUAUGGCUGAUAUUCGUGAACUGAUUCAUCUUGACGAUGCUAUGGAAGAUGAGGAGUUACGGUUUGGUCCAAAUGGAGGUCUGGUGUUUUGUAUGGAGUAUCUCGUAGAAAAUUCAGAAUGGCUUAAAGAACAGUUGGGUGAAGAUUCUGAUGAUUACAUUCUAUUCGACUGCCCUGGCCAGAUUGAACUUUACACACACAUGAAUGUGAUGAGAAGGCUUGUGAACAUGCUUCACAGCAUGGACUUCCAAGUUUGUGCUGUUUUUCUUCUUGACUCACAGUUCAUGAUAGAUGCAUCCAAGUUUUUCUCGGGUGUCAUGACAGCCUUGGCUACGAUGGUCAAUCUUGAAAUUCCCCAUAUCAAUGUUCUCUCCAAAGUAGAUCUUUUAGAUCGUCAGUCUCUCAAACAGCUCAGUAGGUAGGUGCCUUUGCCAUUUAGUCACUAAAAAAAAAAAGU